AUGAAAUACAAACUCACGAGCUACAACGCAGUGUGCCCCCGUAUAUACGGACAACCGAAAGCACACAAGCCUAAUAUACCGCUCAGGCCGGUGGUGCCUAACACUACUGCACCGACGUAUGAUCUGUGUGAGUAUAUAGCCGAUAUACUACAACGAUCUCUCACUAGCCAAUAUAAUGCGAGAGAUUCUAAGUCGUUUUGUGAGUACAUAAACAAUCUCAGCAUCCCAGCUGACCACAUACUCGUCUCGUUUGAUGUGGCAUCGUUAUUCACCAACGUCACUAAGGACGUAGUGACUCACGAUAUCAUAAUGAUGUGGAGUAAUAUCAAAGAGCAUACUGGUAUAAACUUAGAUUUUUUCCUUGAAAUCAUCGAGUUUUGUUUAGGAGCAAGUUUCUUCUAUUUCCGUGGAAAAUUUUACCGUCAGAUCAAUGGGUUAGCCAUGGGAAGCCCCCUCUCUCCUAUUCUGGCUGGUAUCGUUAUGGAAAACUUGGUUACCAAAGCGAUAACACAAGCCCAUGUUCCAGUGCAGUUCAUACGAAAGUAUGUAGACGACCUGUUUCUCGUCCUGCACAAAGAUCAGGUAGACCAUACUCUUGCCAUAUUCAAUGAACAAAACCCCAACAUUAAGUUCACGUGUGAAAAGGAGGAUCGUGGAAGGUUACCGUUCUUAGAUCUGCUUGUAGUAAGGCACGACGACGGCAGCAUAAAAACCGAUUGGUAUGCUAAACUAAUAUCAUCAGGUAGAAUACUAAACUACCACUCCUUCCACUCUACCGACCAAAAACUGGCUGUAGUACGUAAUUUCAUUGACCGUGUCCGUGGGCUAAGUACCAUCAAAACUGACGAAGAGAAGAACCAGGUCAUCUACAGUCAGCUCCGUAAAAAUGACUAUCCACAUAAACUAAUUUGCAGAAUGCUGAUACAGCCAGCGAGGGAUGACAGAUUAGAAAAACCAUCCAGCUUCAAAUCUAGUCCGUUCAUCCAUGGCCUCUCUACCACCAUCAAAAAGAUUCUCCAAAACAGCGACCCAACUACGAGCAUCUCUUUCAGUAACCAAAACACUGUGGGGCACUUGUAUCACACAGCUAAAGACCCUGUACCGUACAAAAACAAAAGUAACGUUGUAUAUCAGAUUGCUUGCCGAGACUGCCACGGCAAGUACAUUGGUAUGACGUCGAACAAACUUCGUUGUCGUAUGUACGGACACCAGUCACAUGUGAAUACACUGGACAAACUGCUGCCCAAUGGCCACCAAAACGAAGAGCACGAAAUCCAACAACUCCAGGGAGAGACAGCAAUGAUCGAUCACUGCAUCCAGUACAACCACCGCUUCGACCUUAACACGCCAGCCAUCCUCGACAGUGCCUACAAAACACAAGCUCUGCAAGUGUUGGAGAUGUGCCACAUCGCAACUACAACCAACACGGUCAACCAUCGGACUGACGCCGACAACCUAAGCUGUGCGUACGCAAAUCUCCUACUCUCGAUCAAAUAUCGAAGAGAGAUGAGUACGGCCAAAACUGCUGCCGUAACCAAGAAAGGUGCUUCUAUCCUAGUAUAG